CGCUGCUCUGUUGUGUUCGCCGAGAAGUGAAAUUUAAGUUUACAAACAAAAUCUUGAAUCUGGUUACGUAAGAUAGUUGGAUCUUAUUUUAAGCUGAAGUCAAGCUGAAAUCAAGUUAUUAGUGCAAUAACUGAAGACGUAACUAUGGAAACUGUKCCAAAGUUUUACAAUGCAUGGUUCUGCCCCUUUGCACAGCGUGCAUGGAUUGCUUUAAUAGCAAAAAAGGUCAAAUUUGAAUAUAUUGAACAAAACCCUUACAACAAGACACCAGAAUGGAUGUCAAUCAGYCCAACUGGACUUGUACCAGUUAUACUCCAUGAAGGAAGCACAAUCUAUGAAAGUGGUGUUUGCAUUGAAUACAUCGAUGAAGCCUUCAACACUGAUGUCUCACUCAUGCCUAAAGACCCAGCUAAAAGGGCUUAUGCUCGYAUAUGGGGAGAUUUUYUGGGAAAGAAAGUMAUUCCGAACUUUUAUGCAAUGUUGCUGAAGCAAAAUAAAGAUGAACAAGAGGAAGCUAAAGAAAAAUAUCUCCAAGGUUUAAAAGAAUUCACCAAAGCAAUGUCACCCAAAUUUUCCUACUUCCAGCAAGGAACUAUCAGCUAUGUUGACAUUAUGUUUGCACCAUUUGCGCAACGCACAGAUUGGAUUUUAAAGCAUUUCAGAGGAUUUGAAAUCCCUAAAACUCCUGAUAUGGAACGCUACCAUAAGUGGUGGGAAACUGUGAAGAGACAUCCAGCUUUCAUUGACACACUUUGUGAUGAAGAGAAAUUGAUUGAAGUCUAUCAACGUUAUGCUCACAACACGACAAGGUCACUUGUUGCUGAAGCAAUCCGCAAGGGACAACCUCUUCCUUAAUGCAAAGAUACGGGUYGGAGAUUAAUUGAAUUAACUCAGGCACAUAAAAUCAAACACAUGAUAUACAAAGCAAUUGAUCAUAUUUUGAGUUAUUUAUUAAUUGUAUACUGAAAGUAGGUAGGUUGAUAUACUGCAUAAACUUGGCAAUUUUCAAUUGCAGAAGGUAAAGGGUAAAUAAAAUGCACAUGAAUUGUAGAAAGCACAGGGCUGCCAACUCUCCUGGUUAAUGCAGGAGCCUCAAGAUCUUUAAUCACAUAUUCAACUGGUCUCAAGAUCAAACAUAAAGUCCUUUUUUCAUGGGAAAAUGGUAAGAUUCUCAUGAUUUCAAAUGGUUAAAAAAGAUAUUUUAAGAAAAUCAUUUGAAAAUGGUUAGGCUAUUAAAUUUAUCAGAAAAGCAUGCACUUAAAAUCUGCACGUAUGCAUAUAUUUGUUGUAAUAAUUGAUGUAAAAUAAAUGUGUUCUUUUUUAGGAAAACAAUGUUUAUUUUAAUAUUGGCUUUGCUUAAUGUUCUUUUGCCAUAAUUCUUAAUUAUCUUAUAAACGGAACAAUAGCACUGCAAAUUAAAACCAAAAGACUGUGGGUCAGGGACGGAGGAAAUGAAAUCUACCUCCAGUCAUUUUGUUGAUAUUUUGAAGUAAUCCAAAAAGUAAACAGUUUGUGCUUGCUUCUAUAUAAAAAGAACUUUUAUAACCCAGGGGAUGUUUUGGGUGUUUUUUGGGUAAAUAUAUACCUGAUAAAUCCUAGCACAUAACAAAUUUAAGUUAUGAAAUAGAUAGCUUUAAUUGAAAAAUUUAAUUUUCCCUUCAUAACAAGUGGCUGUAGCUGUAACAUUAUUAGAUUGAAGUAAGUUUGUUUAUUAACUUUUAA